AUGAUAAGCCGUGAUUACGUUAUUAUCUAUGGUAUGCUCUACGGCCCAUGCAUAAUGUUCGCUGUUCGCCGUAGCCGUAUCAGUUUUUUACGCACUCGGGACUGUACUGUUCGAAUUCUCGAUUCUCCUGCGCGUUCCGAGCUCGGUGAUUUCCCGAAAGGAAUAUUUGUACAAGUCGUCUUAUACUAUACAUUUGAACGGGUCACACACGCAAUGGGAAAAGUAAGACGGUACAAAAAGAAACUAGCAAAAACUGCGGCGGGACCGUCGGGAACAGCCAAAAAUGCCGAACACCAAGAAAAACUGGAAAAAACCUAUUACCUGGACCUGGCCGAAGAUAUAAUGAACCUGAAAGGUCGCGGCGACAAGAUGAGUGUCAGCACCGUUGUGAAAAACCUCAAAUACCAAAGUGGCGAGGAAUCGUUUACGUUGAAAAAAGAGCACAAACGUAACUUGAGACACGCAUUCCUGAUUAAAAGUAUGUUGUGUUUAUUGUUGUUAUUUUGGCAUAAAUCCGGUUCGGCUCCCAAGCGGCGAUUAUUUAGUUUUGCUAACAAAUCUAGGGUUGUUUUCGAUUAAAACCAUCAAAGUGUGUAGUGAACGAAUGACGGCGUGGGUCCCUAGGUGCAUCCAAAACGCCUUUGUUUAUUCUGUGAUAACUAUUCGAUAAUGUUUGAAGAUAGGUGAACUAAAAAAUGAAUAAUGAAGAUUUUAUUAUAAAAAAAAAAAAUGCAAAAUCGGUUAAAAAAAAAAACUAUAGGUAUAAUUAGAGUCCAUAUAAAUUUUUCAAAAAUUUAAAACUUAAAAAAUAAUAAUUCCUCCAAUUUUUUUUUUGCACAGUCAUUUUUAAAACGUUGAUUUAUCUAGAUUUGAAAAAAAAAACCUUUAAGAAAUUGAAUUGAAGCCAAACUAGAUUUGUUCCAUUAUUUUUUUCACUAUUAACUUACCUACCAAUUUAAUUUGUGUAUUAUUUUUCAAUGUUGUUUUCCUUUUUUUCACUGUUAGAACUUGAAAAGAACCAGAAACGUUCAAAUAAGAAGAAGGAGAAGAAAAAGUCUGAUAAAGAUGAUGGCGGUGUUGCAGACACUACUUCAUGUUUGGAUGAGAGCAAACUAAAAGUAAUGAGUAGGCCAGCUGGAAAUACGAAUAAUGUUGUUACGCAACGUGUUCGCCCCAAAAAAUAUAUAAAAGGAUUCCAGAGAAAACAAAACGCUAUAUUGUAUGUAUUUAUCACAUUUGUACGUUUAAUUAUUUUACCAAAAUUUACAACUAAUUAUGUGUAAUUCAUUUUCAGGGCUAAGAACUUGGUGUUAUACUCUAAAAAAAUUAAGUUACAUUUAAUAGAUUUUUAA